CAUCAAUAUUCAAAUGUUCAACUUAAGAUUCCAAAGAUUGAGUUAGGCGAAAAAGAAAAAUUGGAAAAUAGGCGCAUUUCGCAAACCAAAGAAAAAAAUGAGACAAUUUGACAUCCAACCCGGUAACUUUUAACGAUUGACCCAGCGGGAUGCUUGCGACCUGUUUUUCUCACCAAGCCAGAAUCAAAGUGGGUCGACCCGCAGGUUGACAACCUUGUAGUGGAGCAAUACCGAAGAACCACAAACCCACCCGUUAGUAUUGGGCUGGUUAAGAGAAACCCGAACCGACCCCAAGAUCCCAAACGAAACGACACAUUUUAGCUUUCGUGUUGCCCACUAGAACUAGGGUCUGGAUUUUUUAUUUUUUGUUUCACCAUCCCUCCAAUUUCCAAACCUCCUCUUCUCUCCUGAACCAACGCCUAAGCCACUACUAAACUGGAUCUCUGUUCGGGACAUCGCAACGCCGGCGAUGGGUCAAUCGAUAUUGUAGAGCUCUCCACCUUUCCUGCCAUCCAUUGUUUACCCGAUUUCUCGCCGUUUCAAUCUGAAUUCAUCUCCCAACUCUGCCGCCGGGAGGAACUUCGCUUCACUAUCUUCAAAUGGCAGCGAAAAAGCUUGUCCGGGACUUGCUCCUGGCUAGGCAGCCACUCCUCGUCCAACUCAAGCCUCCUCAGGGUUUAUGUACGGCGUCAAGGUUUAUGGUGGACAGUAGGUGGUCAAGUUACCGGAGGUUUGGUGUCUUCAACAAUGUUAAAGAAGAAGUUAAUAGAAAUCCAGAGCUUCAGAAGUCAGUUAAGGAAUUGAAGGAGAAAGCUAAGGAAUUGAAGGAGAAAGCUGGAGGACUUAAAGGGGUUAAAGAUGACUUAAAAGUUAGAACGAAGCAGACAACUGAGAAGCUGUAUAAGCAUGUUGAUGGCGUCUGGACGGAGGCUGAAGCAACUGCUAAGAAGUCUAUGCUAUUUCAGGUUUCCUCAAGUGUCAAGGAGAAGAUUUCUGCUGCUACAGAAGAGGUGAAAGAAGCUUUCAAGAUGGGGAAGAAUGAGUCUGCUGAGUCCAGCGGCACUUCGUCUGAAGAUGGUCCUCACACAAAAGAUAACACUAAAGGUGCAACUGGGGAAGAAACAAAUCAAGGUUCCGAGACUAAGGAAUCGGCAGAAACAUUGUUUGGAAAAUUCAAGUCAAGAAUCCCUACUUUUUCUUCGGCAUUCCAAAAAUUGAAGGAGGCAAAGGUCACUGAGAUAAUGAAGAAGGGAUAUGACAUUGUGAAGGAUGAGUUAAAUGCUAAUCCAAAUGCAAGAAAGCAACUCGAGUUUACCCCUUUUAAAGGAGAACUAAGCACAAAUACUGAUGUUGUUCCACUGUCGAGUCCAAAGCAGUCUCGCUUGAAUGAAAAGUGGCAGGCUUUUAGGAAAAAGAUGCAAGGCAAUCCUGUUUUCAAGCGUGUCUCUGGGAUUAGUAAACCUGUUGUGACCAAAAGUCAAGAGCUUGCAGAAGACAUGCGGGAAAGAUGGGAGACAAGUGACAAUCCCAUUGUUCACAAAAUUCAAGAUGUCAGUGAUACCAUCUUUCAUGAAACGGAUACUGCAUCCUGUAUCAAGGAAAUACGUAAACGUGAUCCAUCAUUCUCUUUGCCAGACUUUGUGUCGGAGAUUCAAGAUGCCAUUAGACCUAUCCUUACUGCUUACAUGAAGGGAGACACUGAAGCUUUGAAGAAGUAUUGCUGCCCAGAAGUAAUUGCUCGGUGCGAAGGAGAGCGUAAAGCUUUCACGAGCAGUGGCAUCUUCUUCGAUAAUAGGCUUCUUCAUGUGUCCGAGGUGGAAGUACGAGAGACCAAAAUUAUCGGAACAGCUCCGAUAAUAAUUGUAACGUUCCAGACACAGCAGAUUCAUUGCAUGCGGGAUCGUAACGGUAAAAUUACUGAAGGCGGCCAGGAUACAAUCCACACUGUGUAUUAUGGCUGGGCAAUGCAACAAGUAGAGCCACAAGAACUGGGAGAAGGUGCUAUCUACCCAGUAUGGAGGUUAAGGGAAAUGCAACAACUUGGUGUCCAAGCUCUCAUUUAACAUCUCAACCACCUUAUUUGAUUGCCUUCUUGAUAUGAAUAUCAAAUAUGUAACGCCUAUAUAUACACGGGUUGAAGCACCGGAGAAGUCUGGUGUAAUUUUGAUCGAAUGUUAUCCAUUAAUGUUAUCUAAUGUGUUUUCUAAGUUUAGGUUCAAGUCAUUAAUUGACAACGGUCGAACGUUUCUGACAAAUGGUUGACCUUCUGCAGAUGCAGUUAACCGUUUUCUUCAAAUCAUUAGCAAAGCAAUUAACCCUAACAGGCCAAGAGAAAUAUAGGAGUGUGAUCAAAUCAUCAAACAUCCUGAAAGCAGGCCCAAUUUAUCAAAGGAAAGCCCACUAGGCUGACCUGCUGCUUCCAACUCAAUAGCCCAAAUAUUAUCCAAACUUAGUAGGGCAACCAAGCCGCUCAUAAACGGCUCGGCGUCCUAUUCGAGAAAAACUCGUUCGAGACUCGAUUCAUCUUAAUCAAGCCGGCUCGUGAACAAGCUCGUUAACUAAAUGAGCCGAACUAGAGUCAUACCAUGUUCAGCUUGAAAGCUCGCGAACAAACUCAUUUAACGGUUUGGCAUCAGAAAGGAUUGGAAUUCAUGGAUUUUAUGUAUUGAAAUUGGGAUAAAUAUUGUGUUUUGUU